ACUUGUGUUAAGUUCAGAGAGAGAAAAGAGUAACCCAGAAGAACGUCCAUCGAAACAGCUGCAACACAGGAUGCAUCCUCUGGCUCUCGUUUGUGUACUCCUGACGGUCUCCGUCACCUGGGCUCGGCCUAACCUCCCUCAUGCCUCCUCAGAGAUGAUCGACCGUAUCAACAGGGCUGGCACCACCUGGACGGCCGGGGAGAACUUCCACAACAUUGAUACCAGCUAUGUGAAGGGACUGUGUGGGACUAUACUGAACGGAGACAAGCUGCCAGAGGUGGUUCACAGCACUGAAGGCAUUGAGCUUCCAGACAACUUCGAUGCACGCAAGCAGUGGCCCAACUGUCCCACAAUCCAACAGAUCAGAGACCAGGGAUCCUGUGGGUCCUGCUGGGCCUUUGGUGCAGCUGAGGCGAUAUCCGACAGGUUAUGUAUACACAGCAAGGGUCAGAUCUCUGUAGAGAUCUCUGCCGAAGAUCUACUGUCUUGCUGUGAUGAAUGCGGCAUGGGCUGUUAUGGUGGUUAUCCCUCUGCUGCUUGGGAGUUCUGGGCAAAGAAGGGGCUUGUGACAGGAGGCCUGUAUAACUCCAAUGUCGGCUGCCGACCCUACAGCAUCGCUCCCUGUGAGCACCACGUGAAUGGGACUCGUCCUCCGUGUCAGGGUGAAGGAGAGACUCCUAAGUGUGAGCAGCAGUGCCUUGAUGGAUACUCGCCAUCCUAUCAGAAGGACAAACACUUUGGUAGACGCACAUACAGCGUCCCGUCCCAACAGGAGCAGAUUAUGACCGAGCUGUACAGCAACGGGCCUGUGGAGGCAGCUUUCUCUGUAUAUGCAGAUUUUCUGCUGUACAAGACUGGUGUGUACCAGCAUGUGACAGGGGAGAUGCUGGGCGGUCAUGCCAUCAAGAUCCUCGGUUGGGGAGAGGAGAACGGGACGCCGUACUGGCUGGCUGCAAACUCCUGGAACGGUGACUGGGGAGAUAAAGGUUUCUUCAAGAUCAAGCGUGGAAAUGAUGAGUGUGGUAUUGAGUCAGAGGUGGUGGCAGGGAUCCCACUCAACUAGAUUAAAUGAGUCCUAAAGACCUUUGUUGCAUUUAAAAGGCAAAUAUUGAGAGAUUUCCUGUAAUCAGCAGAAUAAAUUACACAACAUGGUGAAACAAGA